AGGUGAACGAAUCGUCCAGGAACGACACAUCACUAGCACAGAGUGACUCCACCCAUAUAUGACUUUCUGCUCUCGUGAAGCAACAUGGCGUUUUGAAAUUUUGUUCAAGAUGUUCUUAAAGAACUGGUUUAUCUAGAUGAGCUGCAGAUUGAAUUUUCUUCGAGGAAGAAAGCACUGCAGGUUUAAUGGUACUGCCUUCAUUGCAGCAGAUCACUUUCACUUUGACGACGGAGAGAGAUGAACUGAACUUCAGCUGAACAUGGAGCUGCUUAUGAUCCUUUUAGUGACUGUAAUUCCAGUUAUAUCUGACGGGUUGAGUGUGCGCGGUCCGUCUGCUCCUCUGGUGGCUCCUCUGGGAUCUUCAGUGGUUUUGCUCUGUUCUGUUGAUGCCUUACCAGUGGAGGGUCUGGAGGUGGAGUGGAGAAGACCAGACUCAGAGACUCUGGUUCAUCUGUAUCAGGAUGGAGCGAGUCAAACAGAAGCCCAGCAGCAGGAUUAUCAGGACAGAGCUCAUUUCUUCACUGAAGAGAUUCAACAUGGAAACUUCUCCCUCCGUCUGGACGAUCUGAGAGCUGAAGAUGAGGGACAAUACACAUGUACAGUUCACGGUCAGCAGGAUUCUGGAGAAACUGUGGUUGAGAUAAAAGAUGUUGUACGUUUGCUAGUAUCGGGCUCAGAUGAGUCCAUAUCUGCGUCUGUUGGUGAAGACGUCACUCUGAGCUGCUCUGUAGACUCUCACAUCACACCUGAACACUUUGACGUUACAUGGAAGAAAACAGAUGAAAAUAUUCAGGUUCUGCUCUUCCAAGAUAAUAAAACUUUACCAGACUCAUCAGAUGAGCGAUACAGAGACAGAGUUGAGCUCUUCACUGCUGAAAUCCCCAAAGGAAACUUCUCUCUCAGACUGAAGAGCGUCAGAACUGAGGAUAAAGGAGUUUAUAUGUGUGAGGUGUUUGCUGGAGGACUUUCAGCCAAUACAACUGUAGAACUGGAGCGACUGGGUUUCUCUGUUUCACACAUCAUGGUGUUGAUUCUCUGUGUUUCUGCGUCUGGAUCUGCACUCCUGCUCUGCUGCCUGAUCUACUGCAGAAAUCAGAACGGGUUCACUGUGACAUAUUCUCAAAACACACGUGUUCGUCUGGGAUCUUCAGUGGUUCUGAAGUUUUAUAGAGUUAAACCUUUACAAACGGAGGAUCUGAAGGUGGAGUGGAGAAGAAAAGACACUAAGACUCUGGUUCAUCUGUAUCAGGAUGGUGAGAGUCAAGCGCAGCAGGAUUAUCAGGACAGAGCUCAUUUCUUCACUGAUCAGAUUCAGCAGGGAAACUUCUCCCUCCGGCUGGACAAACUGAAAAAAGAUGAUGCUGGGGAAUACACAUGUAGAGUUCACAGCAAACAGAGAUCUGUGUUUUCAACUCAGUUUACUUUAGAAAAGGGUAGGUGAAUAGAUAAAUAAAUGUAUGCCGUUUUAACCAUUAUAUUAGUAUAAAAUUAGUCUUUAUAGACUUUGCCAUGAAGCAUGUUCAGUCAUAAACUGUCAGAGUUUGUUAUGCUGUGCUGUGGCACUUAAAGCACUAUUAAAAUGUUUUCAUCACAUGAACUAUGAACGUGUUCCACUAAAGUUUGACAAAUACUACAUGA